UUUCAUUCAAUGGAUGGAUUAAAUAACUCUGUAGUUUCUGAGUUUGUGCUACUUGGGCUUUCUAGUUCUUGGGAAACUAAAGUUUUUCUCAUGCUGCUAUUCUCCUUGAUGUAUUUAGGGAUCAUCCUGGGCAAUCUCUUCAUUUUGUUUUUGGUAAUUUUUGACUCUCACUUACAUACUCCUAUGUACUUCCUCUUGGCAAACCUGUCACUCAUUGAUAUGGGUGUCUCCUCUACCACAGUCCCUAAGAUGAUUUCAGACCUUCUAAAGGAAUAUAAAACUAUUUCUUUCCAAAACUGCAUGACACAGAUAUGCUUCAUCCACAUCAUGGGAGGAGUAGAGAUGGUGUUGCUUAUAGCCAUGGCAUUUGAUAGGUACACAGCAAUCUGCAAGCCUCUUCACUACUUGAACAUCAUGAACCCUAAAAUGUGUGUUUCAUUUGUAAUCACUGGCUGGAUAACAGGCAUAAUCCAUGCUAUGUCUCAGUUUUCAUUCAUUGUAAACUUGCCCUUUUGUGGUCCUAAUAAAAUAGACAGUUUUUAUUGUGACUUCCCCAGGAUCAUAAAACUCGCAUGCCUGGAUGGAGCUAAGUUUGAAUUUAUUGUUGCUGCCAACAGCGGUUUCAUGACGAUGGGUACUUUCUUUCUGCUGCUCCUUUCAUAUGUCUUCAUUUUGGUCACUGUUUGGAAGCGUUCUUCAGGAGACCUGUCCAAGGCCUUUGUCACUUUAUCAGCACACAUCACUGUAGUGGUUCUUUUUUUCACUCCAUGCAUGUUUCUUUAUGUAUGGCCUUUCCCCACAUCAACAACUGAUAAAUACCUGUUCAUUGUUGACUUUGCUAUCACUCCUGUAUUAAAUCCUGCUAUUUAUACAUUCAGGAACAAAGACAUAAAGGUGGCCAUUAAAAGACUGAGCAAACGGGGACCCUACGUUAAGUUUUGCUAA